AUGGAUAUAUCCACUGCUCUAAUCAUUCUUUCAGCCAUUACGGCGUAUUUUUUAUGGCUCACAUUCAUAUCUCGUUGUCUUAAAGGUCCACGUGUCUGGCCCUUAUUGGGAAGUCUCCCUGGUCUAAUCGAGAACUGCGAGCGAAUGCACGAUUGGAUCUCCGACAACCUCCGAGCUUGCUCCGGUACUUACCAGACAUGCAUCUGCGCGAUUCCGUUUCUAGCUAAGAAACAAGGUCUCGUGACGGUCACGUGCGAUCCAAGAAACCUUGAGCACAUUCUCAAGAUUCGCUUUGAUAAUUACCCUAAAGGUCCGACGUGGCAAGCCGUUUUCCAUGAUCUUCUCGGUCAAGGGAUCUUUAAUUCUGAUGGUGACACGUGGCUUUUCCAGCGUAAGACCGCCGCUUUGGAGUUCACCACAAGGACUCUCCGUCAAGCCAUGGCUCGCUGGGUCAACCGAGCGAUCAAGCUUCGUUUUCUGCCUAUUCUAGAAACGGCUCGGCUCGGCUCUGAGCCGAUCGAUCUACAAGAUUUGCUUCUUCGGCUCACGUUUGAUAACAUUUGCGGCUUGACUUUUGGGAAAGAUCCGCGGACUUGUGCGGCGGGGCUUCCCGUGAACACGUUCGCGGUGGCUUUUGAUCGAGCCACGGAGGCUUCGCUGCAGCGGUUUAUAUUGCCGGAGAUAUUAUGGAAGUUCAAGAGAAUGCUCGGUCUCGGCUUAGAAGUCAGCUUGACUCGAAGCUUAGUCCAAGUGGACAAUUAUUUGUCGGAGAUUAUUAAGACACGUAAGCAAGAUUUAAUGACGCAGCAUAGUAACGAUGGGACCCAGCACGACGAUCUCUUAUCGCGGUUCAUCAAGAAGAAGGAAUCUUACUCCGACGAGGUCCUCCAGCGCGUGGCGCUCAACUUCAUCCUAGCUGGUCGUGACACGUCAUCCGUCGCGCUGAGCUGGUUUUUCUGGUUGAUUACGCAGCACCCAAUCAUAGAGGAUAAAAUCCUCCGAGAGAUCUGUACCGUCCUGAUCGAGACACGUGGCGAUGACAUGGCGUCGUGGACGGAUGAGCCGCUCUCGUGUGAGGAGCUUGAUCGAUUGGUUUAUCUCAAGGCGGCGUUAUCGGAGACGCUGAGGCUGUAUCCAUCGGUGCCGGAGGAUUCAAAGCGCGCCGUGAAGGACGAUGUCUUGCCGGACGGGACUUUUGUGCCGGCGGGGUCUUCGGUGACGUAUUCGAUUUACUCGGCGGGGAGAAUGAGAUCGACUUGGGGAGAUGAUUGUUUGGAAUUCAAACCAGAGAGAUGGAUAUCGCAAUCGGACGGUGGGAGAUUCAUCAAUCAUGAUCCGUUUAAAUUCGUGGCGUUCAAUGCCGGUCCUAGGAUCUGCUUGGGUAAGGAUCUGGCUUAUCUGCAAAUGAAGUCGAUUGCGGCGGCGGUGUUGCUCCGCCACAGUCUGACGGUGGUAACGGGGCAUAAGGUAGAGCAGAAGAUGUCGUUAACUCUAUUCAUGAAGUACGGUCUUCUGGUUAACGUCCACAGACGGGAUCUAACGGCGAUCGCGGCGGAUCUGCGGGUGAAGACAGAUUGUAAAUCUAACGCCGUCAGUGACGGGGUUGGUAACGGUGUUACAAGGUAG